UUCACUGUACAAACUUUCACUACCUAUCAGGAAGACUUCAUACCAAUUCCUAACUUCCAUUUGCUUUUGCCGGGUUAUAUUUUUGCGACAGUUCCUCGACACAUGCCGCUGGACUGGUUUCCGACGCAGAAGUAGACAUAAGAGUCACUACCUCUAGGUUCUCCGUUGACAUCGUCGUACUACGACUAAUCCAUGCCUUUAAAGUACUACUGCGAUUUUUGCGACAAGUCGUUUCUCGAUUCGCCUGCUGCUCGGAGGCGACACGUCAGGGGCGCUUCACAUCAGCGCAUUAGGACGCAGUGGUACGCCACAUUCGAGAAGGCAAGUGAGGUACCAGACGCCUAUGUAGGCGCAGAUCGUUGUGCCAGGCACCAGAGCAAGGAGGAAGGGGGAAACCAGAAAAGCCAGACGAAGGAGGAGGGACCACAUCAGCAGUGUGAUGAGCUGCUGACGAGAGGUCUCUGCUCCCGUGGUAGCUUUUGCCCUUUCGUCAGCUCUCAUUCUGGCAUCGUAGCAUCUGGUGCAGCUUCCAUGUUUCAAUUGCCAUGUGCAAAUGAAGAUUCGGGAGAGUCGUCAUCGUGCCUGCCACCAUCUUUGCAGGUUUCUGCCUCCCAUCCAGAAUCAAUCAAAUCCCACAUCUCCAUAGCCAUUUCAAGUGGACCGGCCCCCUCAUUUCUCUUUGGUGCAAAAGGCUCAAGUUCUAACCCUGGCUGGGGAUGAAAAUGCCCUGUGUUCCAGCCAAACCCUGGUGAGCUUUCUUCUUUUACUAUUGGAAGGUGCUAACCAUAGGAUAUUCGAGAGCUUUCUUAUGGUGAACCAUCAGCUGAUGGUUUUGUGUGAGCCAUCACCAAAGGUGCUUGCAAACCUGCGCUUCAAUAGAAGAGCUUAUUACAA